AUGUCUAGUGAUGUUGGGGCGUGGCGCCUUACUCGGUUUUAUGGGGAGUCAAAAAGAAGUCUUCGUUGGUCAUCUUGGGAACAACUCCGGACUUUAGCUAAUGAUAAUACUCUCCCUUGGUGUGUGAUUGGUGAUAUGAACAAUGUUCUCUCUCAGGAAGAUAAACGAAGGGGACACCCCUAUCCCAACUGGUUGCUUGAUGGCUUUCGUGACACUAUCCAGGCAUGUGGCUUGACCGAUUUAAACAUUGUUGGGCAUCAGUUUACCUGGGAGAAAAGUCAUGCUAAGCUUAUUAAUCUUGAGGUUUCUUCUUCUAAUCACUGUCCUAUUUUACUUGAUGUGGCUGUUAAAAAUAUUGUCUCUGUUAAAUGCAAGUUUCAUUUUGAAAAUUGUUGGCUUCGUGAACCACUUUGUUUUCAAGUGGUUAAGGAGUGUUGGGACGAGUCUCAGUUGGCGGGCAUCCAAGAGAAAAUCCAACGGUGUGAGGAGAUCCUCUCGGAUCGGGGCAAAGAUUACUCCAAAAAUUUUGCUUCUCGUAUUAAACAUUGGAAAAAUGAGGUGAAACGGUGGAAGAAUGGUCGUGAUCUUGAUGUUAUUGCUAAAUACAAAGAGGCCGAGGAAAAACUUUUUGAAGUUCUUACUCAGAAGGAGGUUUUUUGGCGUCAACGCUCGAAACAGUUGUGGCUGCAAAAGGGAGAUAAAAAUAGCAAAUUCUUUCAUGCUACGCCGUCCUCUCGGCGUCGAAUGAAUGCUAUUGAUAAGCUUCAAUGUGAAGACGGAAGAUGGGUUGACUGA